AUGGACGGAACGCCGAUGCUCUCAAUCCCGGUGCAAAAGCGACGUAUACUUGAGGGCGAAGAUGCGGCAAUCAAGGACGCAGAAAGUCCAUACGAGGCGCUGGACCUCCUUGGUUUCGGUGGCCAUGCCUACGUCGAGAAGGUCGUAGACGAUAUCCGAGCUAUGCUCUGCCGCGAGGUGGAUAUCAUUCGCGCGCUUGCGCCCCACCCCCAUAUUAUCCGGGUUCAUGCGACAUGCAGCACCGAAACCAGGCUGUCCAUCGUUUUACAACCAGUGGCAGACAGUGGGGAUCUGGCGGAAUUCCUCAAACUCUAUCGAUGUCUUACAUCCUAUGAGCCUGAGAAGGACGCGUAUCGAAAGAUCAUCCAGCAAGCAUUUGGUUGCCUGAGCCACUGCCUGGACUACAUCCACAAAGAAGGACGCAUUGUCAGGCACAAGGACAUUAAGCCAAGUAAUAUCUUAAUCCACAGGGCAUGGCCAUUCUAA